AUGCAGACGGCCGCGGUGGUGGAUGAGCAGAUGAAUGGGAGCCUCGACAGACCAAAAGCUCCCGGCGAGCCUCCAAAUGGCAACAUCGCGGAUAUCGAAAUCCUGGCGGUCGAUAGUUGGUAUAAACGGUUUUUCUCUCGACUAAGCCCCUCGAGUUGGAGAUCGACCCCAUCCACUAAGGCUCCGGAGAACCGUGUGUUCACCAACAUUCAAGCUCUGCCUACCCCAGCUCCGAGUAGCGAGCAAUCGCGCGAUGCGGCCCCGCCUGCUUCGGUUCCGGCAGCGAGCACAUCCAAUAAUAACGAGACCACGUCGGAGACGGGCCAAGAUAGUAUCCAACACAAUCAAGCGGCGGUUACACGCCCCCCGACGCCGCCUGCGAGCAUCCAAAUACCGAGUCCAGAUCAAAACACAGCCAGCCUAUUUCCCGAAGUGGCAAUCGUUAAAAGCCGUGUCAAAGGCCCUACGAAGAGCAUCUCCGAGAGAUUACAAAGCGUGAGGAUGGCGUCGGAGGAGGGAAUAGACGCAUUUGAGGUGGACAACUUCGCGAGUGAGGUGUCUCGUACAGCAUUUAUGCAAUUUGGGAAAAUGUGGGGGACCGCCCAUUUUAACGAAGCCCUCCUGAUUUCGUUUAAAGGUGCCUCGUCGCGGACGAUGAGCCUCACGCUGGUCUCCCUCCGGCCACAAUCCGGCAACAGCCAGCCGGAGGACGCAAUUUGUAUCUGUGGCCUCAAGAAAGACAAGGACAUCAUCUCCAUGCACAAGUUUUUGUCCCGGAACGAUAUUCGAGAGUUCUACAAGCCGUUGCAGAUUUGCUACGAGAAGCUCACCGUCAAACUUGCGACUGGGGCAGGCAAGAAAACCCCCAACUUACAAUCAGCGUCAGAUGGGCAGUCCCAGUCUCCACCACACCCAGAAACUUUGUGUGGAUCACGGCUUGAGACGAGGGUCGGCGAUGAAGAUCCCUGGGAGUCGACAAUAGGCGGGGUCAUAGAGGUCGACGGCACUCUGUAUGCUCUUACGACGGCGCACCGACCCGAUUCGGAUUCGGAUUCGGAUUCGGAUUCAGACCCUGAUGAAGACGAAGGCGUGGGAACCGGUUCUUUCAACGGAUCCGAGAUCAACGAGGCGGAUUACUCGGAUGAUGUCGACUCGGCAUUGGUUCUUGACGCUCGCUUCGAAGGGGAAGAAGGAACGCAGACCAGUUCUUCGCCCCCCACUGAGAGAUCCGAUCCAAUACCUCCCCCAUUUCCUCCUGCUACGGGCGGCGAGAUCAUAUUUUCGGACUGGAAACUAGUCCCUGUACCCAGAAAUAAGUCGCUCCCGAAUUCGUAUAUUGGCAUUGACGGACAAACGAGACGCUACAUCACCGGCGUGAGCGAUAGUCUGGUUCCCGGGCAUGUCCAGAUCAUCACCUCGUCGGGCUUGCAUCCCGGAGAAUUGCAACUUACGCCCUCUUUCCUCUCGGUUAGUGGAGGCGCUCUCGAAAAAGUUUGGGUUGUAAAAGCAGCGGCCGGAGCUUUGCGGCGUGGUGACUCUGGCUCCUGGGUUGUUAGCUCCGAUGGACUCCUGAUUGGCGUCGUCCGCGCCAUAUCGGCAAGACGUGUUUAUGUUAGUCCCAUCGCCGACAUGUUUACGGCCUGUCUCGACCGCCCGGACAUACUCAAUGUCGACAUGCCGUCGCCUCUGUUUUGUCUGCUUCAGCAAUUCCCCCUCGUUGGAGCCGUAACCGAAGAGGCAAAAUCUCUCGCAUCAAAGGGGCUGGACCUGUCACUGUUAGAGGCGUCGAUAGCAAAACAGCCCCCAGACAGUUUGGCAGUCCUUCUCAAAGAAGCUGUCACGCGACACUUGACCUCUCCGGUCGUCUUGACACAGCUUCGAUAUCUAUUAAUCGACGAGGGAAAUCAUCUGCGUCAGAUGGGCACCCCGAAUUCCAUCUCACCAAAGAGCGAAAGAUACCAUGAGCUGGCGUUACGCCUGCUGAGGAAUAUCAACAGCGAACCUCAACGGUCAUCGAUAGAUGCGGCCCCCGACGUACUUCCACCAUUCCAUCUGCUAACGCCUGUUAGGCCAUUUCAAUUUACAACCAAUCUACGAAACUCCAUGUUAAAGCGUAACCGCGGCCAACGCCGGCGAGCAGCCGUGUCUUCUCGUUAUGUUCCUAGUGGGGAAAUAGCCAAAAUGUCGGAGGAUGAGUUGAAGAAUUGCGCCAUGCAUUUCCAAGCCGAGUGGUUCUCCGAUGUCUUGCUCGGGGACGCCCUGGCGGCUGCGCGAGGCUUGACGCAAUCGGCCGCCUACUCCCUCCAGCAGCAUCCAUCAUAUUGGGUUGAGACAGAGGGAUCCCAGUCGACAGGCCAAGAGGACGGUGCAAGUUAUUCGGCUAGCACCCCACACACCUUGCUUUAUGUGACCGCAGCUGUGGGUUGUGUUCCCGCAGCUUUCAUGAACAAGCGUUAUGGCCGCCACAUGGGCAUCCUACUAGGCGCCGCUCUAUUAGGUAUCCCUUCGCUGGUAGUUGCUUUCACUCCUGGUAUGACCCAGAUGAUAGUGAUUCGAUCGGUAAUGGGAAUUGCUCUGGGGGACGUGUUCGGCCUGUACGUUUCGGCUAAAGCCGAGCCGCAAGAGGCGCGAAGGCUCCCCACGCUGGAUCUCAGGCACCCUUGGGGAUUCGUUACCAGAUUCUUUAAAUCUAUAGUAUUCGAUCGCUACGUUCGCAACGCAGUUAUUAUCACAACGACUGUGGCCCUCAUCCAGCAUUUCUGCGGCGUUGGCCUUCUCGGGUUCUAUUCGGUGGAAUCGUUUAAGACCUCAAACUUGGCGGACGAGAUCAAGACGGACCUCCUUCCUGCCAUCAUCAUUUAUCUUAUAAAUGGUACCCCUAUCGUCUCCGAAGGUAUAGGACGAAGACAGACGUUAAUCCGCACACUCCCAAUUGCGUUUGCCUUCAUUCUCCUGGCUUUGGUAUUCAAUGAGGUUUUGGGACAGACGGGGCCAGAAUCUACAGCUAGCACCAGCACCAAAUCGAUCGUUGUGACUAUUUGCAUUGUUGGCGGCGUGAUUUUCCAAGCCCCUGGCAUCGCAGUUCCCGUACCAUUUAUCUUGAUUGCGGAGACGGUCCCGAUACGGGGACGGGAGGAAGUCGCGCUUGUGCCCCUCGCCGCAAACUACUUGGUCAUGGGAUUAUGGAUCGGGUUCUUCCCAGCGAUUCACGCAUCGGUAGGGUGGACGGGACUAUUCGGCAUCUUCGCCGGGUCCAUGCUAGCCGCCCUCGUCGUCGCCCUAUUCUUCGUGCGUGAGACGAUGAACGUCACCUCGGAGAAUUUCCCCCAAAAGUUUCGUUCCGUUCAUGCCGGGCUGUCCAAGUUCCGGGGGGGUUUGAAAGAUCGGAAACGCCUUUCGAGGGCCAUUUUCAGCUACGACUUCGAGUUGGAGUCGGACUUGGGGGCGGAGGAGGAGUCGCGGGCGAGGGAUAUUGAGAUGCAGGAGCGGGACGGCGCGACGUUGAUGUGA